AUGACACUGCCAUUGUCAAGGCCAAUAACAGGACUCUUGGCUACAUCCUACUCAUCUCCCUCAUCUGUUUUCGCUGUUCCUUGCUGUUCCUGGCCAACCCAAUACAGUCACCUGCAUCCUGCAGCAAUUGGAAUUGUGUUCACUGUGGCAGUAUCCCCAGUGUUGGCCAAAACAGUGACUGUGGUUCUGGCCUUCAAGGCCACUUCCCCAGGGAGAAGGAUGAGGUGGCUGCUGGUAUCAGGGGCUCCUAACUUCAUCAUCCACAUCUGCACACUAAUCCAGGUGACUCUCUGUGGACUCUGGCUGGGAACCUCUCCUCCCUUUGUGGAUACAGAUGCACACUCUGAACAUGGCCACAUCAUCAUCCUGUGCAACAAGGGCCCCCUCACUACUUUCUACUGUGUCCUGGGAUACCUGGGUUCCCUGGCCCUGUCCAGUUUCACCAUGGCUUUUCUGCUUCCAGUCCUUGUCAGGUCCUUGGCUGGCACUAGCUGCUUUUCGCCAAUGAAGCAUGGAGCGCACAUGGAUGGAGAUGUGAUGAUUGCUGGAUUUUUCCCUCUCUACACUUUGGGAAUUGAUCUUAGCAACAGUGAAGCUUCUAGGCUUAUCUUCAAGACCUAUCAACUUGUGAUGGCCUUGUCUUUUGCUAUUGAGGAGAUCAACAAAAACUCUGAACUUUUACAUAACUUGACUCUUGGAUUUGAUAUCUAUGAUAUUUACUUCGAAGGUUGGGCAGUACUUAAGAAUCCCUUCAUUUGGCUCUUUGGGAAAUACAAGAUUCCAAACUACUCCUGUAGAAGAGACAGCAAGUCUAUAGCAGCACUAACAGGACCAUUAGGAAUAACAUCUGUCUGCAUUGGGACAUUGCUGGAACUCUACAGAUUUCCACAGUUGCACCUUUUUAUAAAGAACAUCCAAUUUUACAAUCCUGCUGGAGAAGAAAUGAUUUUGGAUGAGAAAAGAAAAUUAGAGUCAGAGUAUGACAUUCUGAACAUUUGGAAUUUUCCAGAAGGUCUUCAACUUACAGUGAAAGUAGGAAAGUUUUCUCCAUAUGCUCUGCAUGGUAAUCAACUCUCUUUAUCUGAAGAUAUGGUAGAGUGGGCCAUACGUACUACGGAGACUCCUCACUCUGCCUGCAGUGAGAGUUGUGGUCCUGGAUUCAGGAAAUCUCCUCAAGAGGAAAAGGCUACUUGUUGUUUUGAUUGUAAUCUUUGCCCAGAGAAUGAGAUUGCUAAUGGAACAGAUAUGGACCAGUGUGUGAAGUGCCCAGAUCAUCAGUAUGCUAACACACAGAGAACACAGUGCCUCCUGAGAGCUGCAAGUUUCCUGGCUUUUGGAGAUCCCUUGGGCAUGGCUCUGGCCUGCAUGGCUCUUUGCUUCUCUAUGCUCACUGCUGUUGUUCUUGGGAUGUUUGUGAAACACCAUGACACUGCCAUUGUCAAGGCCAAUAACAGGACUCUCAGCUACAUCCUACUCAUCUCCCUCAUCUUCUGUUUCUUCUGUUCCUUGCUGUUUCUUGGCCGACCCAACACAGUCACAUGCAUCCUGCAGCAAAUUGCCUUUGGAAUUGUGUUUACUAUGGCUAUUUCCACAGUGUUGGCCAAAACAGUGACUGUGGUUCUGGCCUUCAAGGCCACUUCCCCAGGGAGAUGGAUGAGGUGGCUGCUGGUAUCAGGGGCUCCUAACUUCAUCAUCCCCAUCUGCACCCUCAUCCAGGUGACCCUGUGUGGACUCUGGCUGGGAAUCUCUCCUCCAUUUGUGGAUACAGAUGCACACUCUGAACAUGGCCAUGUCAUCAUCCUGUGCAACAAGGGCUCCCUCACUGCCUUCUACUGUGUCCUAGGAUACCUUGGCUUUCUGGCCCUGUCCAGCUUCACCAUGGCUUUUCUGGCCAGGAACCUGCCUGACACCUUCAAUGAGGCCAAGUUCCUGACUUUCAGCAUGCUGGUGUUCCGUAGUGCAUGGGUCACCUUCCUACCUGUCUACCACAGUGCCAAGGGGAAGGUCAUGGUGGUUGUGGAGGUCUCCAUCUUGGCCUCUGGUGCAGGGCUACUAGGCUGCAUUUUUGCCCCAAAGUGUUAUAACAUCUUGUUUAUGCCAAAUAGAAGUUCUCUGCAUGGCUUUAGGGAUAAAAGACAUAGUAGAAGAAAUAAGCCUUCUUAA